UAAUUUAUUGGUAAAAUGAGUAUCGAUAAUUUAGCAACAAUAAUGGAAAAGUUGUUGCUGCUACUGCUUCUUCUUCUUCAACAACAACAACAAGCUGCUUCGCAUUCUACUGUUGAGUAUCUUCCCGGUUUGCAGGGACGCCUCCCGUUCCCUCUAGAGACCGGGUAUGUUGGAGUUGGUAAAGAUGAGGAGUUGCAACUUUUCUACUAUUUUUUGGAAUCAGAAUCCGAGCCUACUACCGAUCCUCUUUUGAUUUGGCUAUCUGGUGGACCCGGUUGCUCUGCUGUCACUGCCAUUGUUAAUGGGAUAGGACCACUCCGUUUUGUGGAACAAGUCUACUAUGGGAGUAUGCCCUCGUUCGUACUAAACCCACACGCAUGGACCAAGAUAGCAAGUGUAAUAUUCUUAGAUCAACCAAUAAACACUGGAUUCUCAUAUGUAACAAAUGAAGUUGCAUAUAAGCAAACUGAUGUACAAGCAUUUGAUUAUGUCUAUGAAUUCCUAAGAAAGUGGCUCAGUGAUCAUCCAGAAUACAUCUCAAAUCCAUUUUACAUGUCUGGAAACUCAUAUGCUGGCAAGAUGAUACCAGUUGUAGCCCAAUUGAUAUCAAAUGGAAAUACAGCAGGCAAAGAGCCAUUUGUUAAUCUUCAGGGGUAUUUAAUUGGCAGUCCUGGAACACUUCGUCCUCAAGAAGACAAUUAUCAAAUACUUUUUAGUUAUGGCAUGGGACUUAUAUCUGAUGAACUUUAUAAGUCAUUAGAGAAGAAUUGUGGAGGAGAAUAUACAAAUAUAGAUCCCAACAAUAAAGGAUGUGCAAAUGACUUUCGAAUUUUCAAGCAGUUAGUUAAAAACAUUAAUGGGGAACACAUAUUAGAGCCCUUUUGCACAUAUGAUUAUCUUCAAGGUCCAUAUCAAAUGUCUGGUGAGAGAAGAUUACUUGAUGAAAAACUCAUCUCCUUGCAACGUCAAGACAAGUGUGCUUCUGAUUGGCGCAAGCAUAUGAAGUAUUGGGCUAAUGACCCGAAAGUCCAAGAAGCUCUUCAUGUUCGAAAGAGAAUCAUAGGAAGCUGGGUACAAUGUAACAAAAUUUCAAGUGUAGGCUCUCCUCCCAACUACACUCUCACGAUCGAUAAUGUUGUACCAUAUCAUGCAAAUCUAAGCACUAAAGGUUAUCGAUCACUUAUAUACAGUGGCGAUCAUGAUUAUUCAGUACCUUUUCAAUCCACACAGAAAUGGAUAAAGUCUCUAAACUACUCCAUUGUUGAUGAUUGGCGUCCAUGGAACGUAAAUAAUCAAGUUGCUGGUUAUACGAGAUCUUACUCCAACAAAAUGACUUUUGCAACAGUGAAGGGAUCAGGACACACAGCUUGUAGAUACAAACCUGAAGAAUGUUUUGGUAUGUUCAAAAGAUGGAUAAAUCAUGAUCCUUUAUAAAUAGUGCUCAAUUUCAUCUAUAUAUCUUCUCUCUAUUUUUAUUUUAAUGAAAUAAUCUUUUCUUUCAACUCUUGGAGAUCAAUUUUAUUGCCCACAUAUCAUUGAAAAGAAUAAUCUUGUAUUAAAUUGUGAAUGAAUCAGAUAUUAUGUAUUUAUUCUUGAA